CCAGAGGGGGGAGCGGAGUUUCGGAGGCGGCGCCGCAGGGACCGGAGGGAGUGACGGAGCGUAGUGUGCCGCAGCUUUCUCUCGGAUACCGGCGCGGAGGACGCGAUGUUGGGACACUCUCGCCCGCUGCUCUGGGCGGCCGCCUGCCUGGCCGCCCUCUGUGUGCUGACCGCGGCACAGAGCACCACCGUGACCCCGAACGUGACUCAGGCAGAGAUUCCAGGACUCAACACGUUGACCCCCACGACCAAGCCGACCCCCACGACCAAGCCGACCCCCACGACCAAGCCGACCCCCACGACCAAGCCGACCCCCACGACCAAGCCGACCCCCACGACGGUCACCACUCCAGUACCAGAACCCUGUGAAAGGCACACCUGUGUUUCCUGUUUUAAUGCUAGCCAUGAUAAUAUUUCCUGCGUUUGGAUAGAAUGUAAAACAGCAGAGAAGAGCUAUUGUUCACAAAAUUCAUCGGUAGAUACUGAUUGCAAAGCACUAAACAGCACAGAAUACUGCUUUGCGCCUACCUCCCCAUUGCCAACCAAUUCUACAGCUAAAACCACAACUCUGCCUUCCCCUUCUACAACUUCCCCCAUAACUACUACAUCAGGUACAGCUAAUACCACUUUAACUCCAACUUCACAACCUAUGCGGAAAUCUACCUUUGACGCAGCCAGUUUUAUUGGAGGAAUUGUCCUUGUGUUGGGUCUGCAGGCUGUCAUUUUCUUUCUCUAUAAAUUCUGCAAAUCUAAAGAACGAAACUAUCACACUCUGUAAACAGACUAAUUAAAUUAACAAGAAUGGACGUGUAACUCAUUGAAACCAAAAUAUUAUCUCAAGAUGUCCCACAUGGAAGACGCUAUUCCAGGAUCUUUGAAUUUCCAAAGGCUGCGUAUAGGAUAUUUGGAGCAUUGUCUUCGAAGAAAAAUCUGUUAAAUCAUUUUGCUCAACAGGAAUAUUUAAGAUAUUCUGCAUGAAUCCUUGUGGCUGUCUUCUUUUAUUUUAAAUGGCUGCUGCUGUGGGAUUAUGUUCUCUCUUCUUGACAUGCCAAAUGUAACUUUCUGUAAGUGAUGGAAACAUUGUUCUGCACAGGCAACCUCAUGAUUCUUUUGGCAGUUUAAAUUUAGUCCUUUUAGAUCUUAAAAGCUGCAUUACUUUUACCCUAACUCAGGAUGUAGUUUAGUGACCAGAACUGAGAAGAAAGUGCCAAAUGAGCAUCUAUUAGGUGGAUUUUUGGCUAUCAUUUCAAAAUGGGGAUAAAUUUUAAAACUUUAGUGUCCUUAGAGUAAACUGUAUCCUUAGAGUAAAAUUUUGUGCUUGAUAACAGUUACUUUUUUUCUACAUUAGAAGUAAGAGGCCACAUAGGGAAUUACAUUCCAGAUUUAAAGAAAUGAAUGAAAAGGAUACAGACAUUAUAGUAGGUUAUUGCUCAUACUUGUAAAGCACCUUAUAUCACUGAGAAAAUAAAGAACAGUGCCUUAAAAGAUACAAGGGAAAGGUAUGCUGUAACUUAAAUGACUGAGGCUGGAAAUUGGUCUGAGGAUGUAACUUGUUGAUGUGAGCAGUAGUGAAUCUGCUUUUAGGUACCGUAUUGUUAGUAUUUCAGAAAACUUAUUUCAGAGCUGAGUAACUUAAGCGCUAAAGGCUCUAUUAUACAAAAUUGAAAGCCUUAUAGUGAACUUCCCAGUAUUUUUCAUAUGGCUGUUAAAAAGUAUAAAGAUAAAGUUGAUCUCUAUUUUCCUUUGUGCUUCAAAAAAUGUACCCUAGCUUGUUUUGAAGGACUUCACCAAGUUUUCUUGAAAAAAUAACUUCUUUGUGAGGUAAAAAAAAAAAAAAAAUUAGAACGCUUUCCUGACUCUUUGUGUGAGUCUUUUUUUUUUUUUUUUUAAGUUUUGAGACCACACAUGUGAUUAGUGUAAUUUCAGGAAAUCAAAGGAUUUUUUUGGUUUAUCAGAUAACAGAUUUUUAAUGAUGAUAUUGCCUUGAAUGGACAGAAUGUGCUUUUUCUUAGUUUCAGUUCCUGUAAUGAGCAUGCAUACUUUUAUUUAGUUUAUUUGUGAAGCACUAGCUUUUUUGGUUUUAGAGGCAUAUUUCUCCCAUACUUUGACACAUUGGAUUAGUUUAGAGGCUUCAAUUUGUUUUAAGUGAAGUUAUGUUUUUCUAGUUCAUUUAAGUUUUUAUGUUUUAGUUUCUUUAACCUAUAGUGGCUGAGUGUAGCACUUGGUUUCAUUAUGUUAUAAUAGGAUAGAACAAAUUGCUUUGGUCCAUUUCAUAAACAAAUUCUUUGCAUUUAGAUAAUUGUAUUAAAGGCUCUUAAAAUGAAGAUUACUCUUUAUUACUUGCUGGUACAGCUGAAGUUUUUUUUACUUGCACAUUUGUACAUACAAUGUUUUCAAGUGCCUUAAUUGUUUAAAAUCUCUGGCUUCAAAGGUUUUUGGGAAAAGGUAGGUUUACCUCACAGUUUUGUGUUUUCAUUACCUGUGAUAUUCUAAGGUACCUCACAAAAACUUUUAUUACGGUGCCACGGCUAUUAGUUUUUAGUGAGUGCUAUACAAUAUAAUAUUCAUUUGAAAAUAAAUUCCAUUUCUCCCAAAAGUGGCAUCAAUUAGCUACCGUGGCUUAUUUGUCAUUUGCCUAAGGGUGAAUAUUUUGCCACACAUCAGUGUCAGCACAUACACUAGUUUCAUGAACUUAUGAAGCCUCUCAUCUAUAAUUUCGAAUACUGCUCUGACAAAAUCAUAAGAUUAGAUUUUGCAAGUCUACAGGACAGCUCUUAUAACAACUUACAGCCGUCCCUUCUACCCCCUUAACUUCAGCAGUUAUCUUGAGCCAUUAAUAAAUAAUUUUUGGGUUUUUUAAAUCCAGAAGGUAUAUAGCAACCUCUUCAGAUUUUUCAUCUGAUUUGUUCAUGCAGAUGUUGUUCUAUCAGAAAUACUUGUUUUACUUUAUAGGUAUUUGUUGCAGACACUGCUGUAUGUAGAAAUUAUUUCAUUUCUUUAGAAACUGUAAAACUAAUCUGUAUCAUGUACCAAACUGAUUUAAAAUAAAACUACAUGUUUGUUAAAUUCA